AUGGUACUUGAAGUUUUCUUUGUCACAUAUGCCCCAUCAUUGAACUCCGCAGGUUCCUCCCGGAGAACUCCGCGUGCAGACCAGACGCAGGCGUUUGAGGACUGGACAAAGAAAUAUGGCGGCAUCUUUCGCCUUUGGGUCGGAAACAACAAAGCUGUCAUCAUCUUGAGCAAACCUGAAGACCUGGAGAUUCUCCUGGGCAGCAACAAGCACAUCGAGAAGGCGGACGUGUACAACCAGCUCCACUCCUGGAUCGGCGAGGGUCUCCUGACGAGCACAGGCAAGAAGUGGCACACACGAAGGAAGCUCAUCACUCCGAGUUUCCACUUCCGAAUCUUGGACCAGUUCGUCGAAGUAUUCAACAGAAACAGCGACAUUCUCGUCCAAAAGUUGCUGCUUCAGAAGGACACGAUCAACGUGCACGCCUUUAUCACCCUUUGUACCCUGGAC